AAACUUGGUAUCAUCUUCUUCCUUCUUCCUUUUACUCUUCUAAUAUUGUCAUUAUUAUUAUUCUUCCCAUUGCGAACUCCUUCCAAAAAUGACAAGCAUGCACAGCUUAUUCGAGUUCCGGCUCAGCCUCCUCCUCCUCCUCUUCGCUUUUUUCAACGGACUUUUGGGAGUCGAAGCGUUCACUGGAACUUAUGGCGUAAACUACGGAAGGAUUGCCGACAACAUCCCCUCACCUGAAGCCGUCGUGACCCUCCUAAAAGCAGCCAAGAUCAAGAACGUCAAGAUUUUCGAUGCAGACCAAAAAGUCCUCGAAGCAUUCAAAGGAUCAGGACUUGAGCUCAUCGUGAUGGUCCCUAACGAACUGUUAAAAGACAUGAGCGCCAAUGAGGAUCAAGCCAUGCAAUGGAUCAAAAGCAAUGUGCAGCCAUUCCUGCCUGAAACAAAAGUACGAGGAAUUGCUGUAGGAAAUGAAAUCUUAGGAGGAGCCGAUCCAGGGUUAUCUGAAGCUCUAUUCGGAGCGAUAAAGAGCGUGUACAAUUCUUUAGACAGGCUCGGAUUGGCGAACAGUAUUGAGGUCUCAACGCCUCAUUCUGAGGCUGUUUUCGCUAAUUCUUACCCUCCGUCUUCGUGCACGUUCAAAGAGGAUGUUUUUGUGUUCAUGAAGCCUAUUCUUGAUUUCUUUUCACAGAUAGGCACGCCUUUCUAUAUCAAUGCAUAUCCUUUCCUAGCUUAUAAAUCUGAUCCUGAGCACAUUGAUAUCAAUUACGCGCUUUUUAAGCCGAACCCUGGUAUUUAUGAUGAGAAGACCAAUCUACACUAUGACAAUAUGUUUGAUGCUCAGAUCGACGCUGCUUAUGCAGCGUUAGAUGCCGCUGGAUAUGAUAAAAUGGAAGUUAGGGUUUCGGAGACGGGUUGGGCUUCAAGCGGGGACGAAGGUGAAGCGGGGGCCACAGUUCAGAACGCGAGGACGUAUAAUUUUAAUCUGAGAAAGAGGCUUUUAAAGAAGAAAGGAACACCAUUGAGACCGAAGAUUCCUGUGAGGGCCUACGUGUUUGCAUUGUUUAACGAGGAUUUGAAGCCUGGGCCGACGUCGGAGAGGCAUUUUGGAUUGUUUAAAGCUGAUGGCAGUAUUGCUUAUAAUAUUGGGUUUACAGGUUUGAAGUCUUCAGGUUCAAGUUCAUCUUACUUGUCUCUCAAGGGCAUUCAAAGUCGAGGUUGGCAUUCAUACACUGCAGCUCUUGUUGCUUGUUCAUCUGUCCUCCUCCUCGUGUUCAUAUAACUCGACUAAAGUUGGGAACUCCGGCUGUCUGAAUUUCUCGUUCCCCCUCAAAUAAAGACAAGUUGGAAGUCAAUAGCAUCAUGUCUCCGUAGAUUAAAUCUUUAGUGGUGCUUAUUGUUGAUUCAUUGUACUCGGGGUUAUUCAUGACUGGAACAUGCUGAUCAUUUUAGUUUUCAGCAGUGCAUUCCAGUAAUUUCAGAUACUCACAAACACAAGAUUUUACAUUUCCUGUUUGAGCUAAAUUGUAACUGUACAUAUGUAAAACAAUGUAUAUACCAGAAAUCAUAUGACCAAUUCAUUUCA